CAGACCGUCAGACAGCAGAGGAGACUGUCGGCCUCAGCAGCUCACAUCCGCGGGCAUAAUGGACCGAUAAACAUCAGUGUUUGGGGCGAUGUUCAGAUUUGUUUGCCAUGGAAACGGAUAUGAUACCAAAAUUCUCCUCAAAAGAUGAGGAGAUUGACUUCUGGAAGGCUCUUUCUCUCAAGUACAAGAACAGCUGCCAGGAGGCUCAGGAGGAGCUGCUGGAGUUUCAGGAAGGCAGCAGGGAGCUGGAGGCCGAGCUGGAGGCACAGCUGGGCCAGGCCGAGCAUCGUAUGAAAGACCUGCAGUCCGAGAACCAAAGAGUCAAGAACGAGGUCGAAGCGCUCAAGGACAAGCUGGAGCAGCAGUACUCUCAGAGCUACAAGCAGAUCUCCAUGCUGGAGGACGACCUCGGGCAAACACGCAGCAUCAAGGAUCAGCUCCACAAAUACGUCAGAGAGCUCGAACAGUCCAACGAUGACUUGGAGAGAACCAAAAGAGCCACUAUCGUGUCUCUGGAGAACUUCGAGCAGCGUCUGAACCAGGCCAUCGAGAGGAACGCCUUCCUGGAGAGCGAGCUGGAUGAGAAGGAGUCGCUGCUGGUCUCCGUGCAGAGAUUAAAGGAUGAAGCCAGAGACUUGAGGCAGGAGCUGGCUGUCCGAGAGAGGCAGUCAGACGUGAGCAGGAUGUCGGCUCCAAGUUCGCCCACGCAGGACAACGAGAAGAUGGACACGGCGGUGCAGGCCUCUCUCUCUCUCCCUGCCACCCCACUGAGCAAAGGUCUGGACAACGCCUUUGCCAACCCAGCAGUGCUAUCAAACGGAUAUGGCAGCAACUCUCCGUUGACUCCCUCCGCCAGGAUAUCGGCCCUCAACAUCGUCAGUGAUUUACUCCGGAAAGUAGGGGCUCUGGAGUCCAAGCUUGCCGCUUGCAGAAACUUCGCCAAGGACCAGAGAGCGAGGAAGGCGUACGCUCUCGACAACAGCAACGUGCUGAACGCAAACACAGCCAGCUACGGCCAGCCCCUCCAUACGUCAUAUUUUGACAAAGCCAGGACAGAGAUGGUCACAUUCCCUGCAUUGAUUUUGGCAGGACCGUGAACGGACUGAAACCUGGUGCCCUGACAGCCAUCACCGCCCCUCCUGCUGCCUCCUCCCCAGGCUUAGUGCCCCUCGCUGUGUGACGGUAGCCACCCUACCACCCCAAACCUUAUAAAACCCGACACGCCUGCGUCCUGCAGUUGGAAAAUCACAUCUAAAAAAAGAGACACAACACAAAUGGCUAAUACUGUAAAACCCUGUCGAUGUACCCCCCCACUCUCUGUUGUUCUGACUCUUGUGCUUCGUUCCUGCUGUAAUCGAAGGUCCCUGUCUGUAUAUUUCAUGUGUUACUGUAUCUUUGCUCACUGGCUCGUACAAAGAUGGCGCCCCCAUCUCCUCGUGUAAAGAUUCCCGUGAGAUCUUCCCUCUGAGUUCUCCUUUUUAAAAAAAAAAAAAAAAAAAAAAAGGGAAAUAUUAUGCAAUUAAAAUGAACGGCUGGUUUUUAAUCACUACAGCUUCUAUUCACCACUUUCACUAAGCAAUAACUUCGAUUAAGGCAAACACACCCACUGCUUCCUGGAUGAUGGUCUGCCUCCAUCAAUUACAGAUGUUUCACAAUGUCCGACGUGUGAGCCUCGCCGGCGUCCAGGCGAAGACUCCAGUUUGGCUUUUUAACUGUUAAUCUUAUGUUUUCUGUUUCAGAAGGGAAAGGUUGGGGUUGGGGGGGGGGUGAGUCUUUGUGUCAUUGUAGUGAGUCAAACAACAUCCACCCUCUGAACUAUGUGACAUGAUGUGUACAGUAUUGGUCAUAUUGAUCGUUAUUUAUAGACAGCACAUUUAUUUAAGCGCCGCUGUCGGUGUUCAGAACAGUUAACCAGCAUUUCUUGUAUUCUGUAGUUAAAAGUGUUUUUAUCCACUUUUUUUUAAAUUUUAUUUGGAUUUAUUAUAACGCAGCACUUUUUUUUUUUUAAGUACUGUACACGAUGAGCAAGUGAAGCACUUUGACCUUGUGGGAACUUAUUCUUCAUAUUCAUUCAAGUGCAAUAUUGCCUGUUGGUUAUAGUUUGUGGGUUUAAUUUAUUUCAGGUUUCUUUUACGGCAUGUUUUAAUAAAAUAUGUAAUUAUACUCCA